CCAAAUAAAAUUAUAUAAAAUACGCUGAAAAGCUAUUUGUAUGACCUUUUUUCUUAUCAUAAUUUUGAUUCCAAUGCAUGGAGAUCAGGUAGAUAUCAAGAACACAAACACUGUUGCUUUAUCUGCUGCUUUACUUAACAAUGGGCUGACUUGCAAAGUAACUUCAAGAUCUAACAACUUGAUGAAAAAUGGUGGUGUUCACAAAUCCGUCAUAGUUGCUCGCUUGCAGCUAUAGUCUUCUACCCUCCAAAGAAACACCUCUUUGGUAAGGCAAGGUUCACUUUCUCAUCCCUCAGUCGUUCAGAGUGAUUCUUUAUCAUGUCAUCAAGAUAAUGCUAAGUUUAACUCAUUUUUUCAGGACAUGGAUUUUCUUUGAGUUUCUCUAGUAACUUCCCUUGAUCAAUUCCCUAAAUCAAGGACAAUUCGAGGAUAUAUAUAAAGGUGGAUGGAGUAAAGCUUUGAGGCAGCAUUAUGCACAAAUCAUUUCAAGGAUUCUUGUGUUGUAUGUAUCCAUCCAUCUGGUGUUAAGAAAGCUCUUCAUGAACGCAUACAUGAAUUGCAUGGAGCUUGGACUUUGAAUGUAAUAAGUCAGUGGAGCUUUGAGUAACAGCUGGUGGCUAGUUUUGAUCAACAUUGCAAAAACAAUGUAGAGACUGUGCAAGUGAGUUGCAACAGCAACAGGAAGGUUAGUAGAGGAGUUAUGGUUUUGCUCGAUGAUCAACAGUGAUUUGAUCUCCAAUUCCUCUUGGUACACACUCAGCACACUUAAUGAGAUUCCCAGUUUGAUUGGAUAUUUUAAUUUCUAGCUUUAUUUUGGUGAUGAUUAAUACAUUAGUGAUCCAACA